AUGGAGUUGAUCAAUAUCCCAAACAGUACAAAUAAUAUAAAUAUAAGCAAUAAUAAUUUUAAUAGUAAUAAUAAUAACAAUACAAAGGGUGUUCAGUUAACAUUUAAAAAUAUAACAUAUAAAGUAGAAAAUAGAAAAUACAAAAAACAAUUAAAAAAACAAACUGAAGCCAGAAAGAAAAAGAAUGAUGACUAUGAAAGUAAUAAUAAACCAGCAUCCUUUACAGAUAUUAAAGUCGAAAAAGAAUUAACAAUUUUAAAUAAUGUUAGUGGUGUUAUUGAAAAAGGUGAACUAUGUGCAUUGAUGGGUCCAUCGGGUAGUGGUAAAUCUACAUUACUUGAUAUUCUAGCAGAGCGUAAGAGUACUGGAAAAAUAACAGGUAAACUAUUAAUUAAUGGUAAAGAGGUUGGUGAUGCUUAUAAAAAGUUUUGUUCAUAUGUUACACAAGAGGAUGUUUUAUUACAAACUGCAACAGUAUUUGAAACAAUUAAAUUUUAUGCAGAUUUGAAAUUACCAGAAAUGGCCGAAGAAGAAAAAAUAAAAAGAGUUGAACAAGUCAUCGAGGAUGUUGGUCUAACUAAAAGAAGAGAUUCAAAAGUUGGUGGUAUUUUACCAGGUGGUAUUAUAAUGAAAGGUUUAUCGGGGGGAGAAAAACGUAGAGUAUCAAUUGGUUGUGGCCUAGUUACAAAUCCAUCAUUGAUUUUCCUUGAUGAACCAACCUCGGGUCUAGAUUCGGUAACCGCGUUAUCAAUUAUGAAGACACUAUUAGAUCUUACAAAGACCAAGGGUUGUACUAUUAUUGCUAGUAUUCAUCAACCUCGUGGAGAAAUUUUUGAAUUAUUUAAUAAAGUAAUGGUUGUCAUCAAAGGCAAAAUGAUUUAUAGUGGUAAUAAUAUAUUGCAAUAUUUCGAACAAUUGGGUUACACCUGUCCAAAUAAUAUGAAUCCAGCAGAUUUUUGUUUAGAUGCCGCAGUAGAAAUUGGAGAUGGUGAUCGUUAUGAUGAAAUAUGUACACAAUGGCAAAAGAUAUGGGAAAACGAAAUUGUUAACGAAAUUACACAACCAUUUAUUGCAGUGGAGAAACCAAAGGCUACACCAUGGUCAUAUCAAUACUAUAUACUACUCAAACGUUCUUGGAAAGAUUUUUUAAGAAACCAAGGUAAUUUUAUUGCUAGAGUCGGUACUGCUAUUGUUACUGGUUUAUUAUUUGGUGCUUGUUUUGCAGGUCUAAAAGAAACUGAGGCAGAUGUACAAAAGAUUAUUGGUGUUAUUUUCUUUUUAAUCACUGGUUUGAAUUUAACACCAUUUGCAGUUAUUUCAUUGUUCCUCAGUCAACGUACAUUAUUCAAUGCAGAAAGAGCCUCUAAAGUAUACCACUCAUUCCCUUAUUACCUAGCGAUGGUCACUGUCGAAACCUUUGUAGUAUUACUAGUCGCCCUCAUAAAUGCAACCAUUUGUUAUUUAAUUGCACAUCUACGUUGGGAUGCAUCUUAUUUCUUUUAUGCCAUGAUGAUAUAUUUCUUUGUUCAUUUGUUAUCCGAUUUCCUAAUCUGUACACUAGCCAACUUAACAGGUACAAGUGAUAUGACUUUUGCCUAUGGUUCUGGAUUUUGUGUAAUCUUUAUGUUGUUUGCCGGUUUCUAUGUACCAGUACAAGAAUUACCAGUUAGCUUUGGAUGGCUCCAUUAUAUCAAUCCAUUAUUCUACUCGUUUGUUUCUUUAAUGCAGGUUCAAUUUAAAGAUUUGCCAAUCAAAUGUUCCCAACCAGCCAACUCAACUAUCCCAUGUCAAUUCAAUAAUGGUAAUCAAGUUUUAUCAUACUAUGGUAUUGAUGAAUGGUCAAGAGAUGAAAGUUUUGGAAUCGUUAUUUUAUGGGCUGCUUUCUUUUUCACAACCUCAUAUUUAGCAUUACAUUAUUUAAAUAGAGAAAAGAGAUAA